CACUUUCUAUUUCACAGCUGAAGAGUGGAACGCUAGCAAUAACUACUGAAGAUGUUACAACCACCUUUGAGCUCUUGAAAGAAAAUUUGAUUGCAAAAAUUAAAGAGGCUCUUGAAAAAGAAAAGGAUAAACUUGUAAAUGAAAUGGUCGAUGCUUUUAAUGAAAAGCUAAGUAAAGUUCUUGAAACAAUACAAAGGAAAGAAGACGACGUACUUAAAACGGUAGACGGAAAAAGAGAUGAUGUACUUGAAACGAUAGACGGGAAAAAAUAUGAUGUACUUGAAACGAUAGACGGGAAAAGAGAUGAUGUACUUGAAACUAUAGACGGGAAAAUAUAUGAUGUUAUUGAAACGAUAGACGGGAGAAGAGAUGAUGUACUUGAAACUAUAGACGGGAAAAUAUAUGAUGUACUUGAAACGAUAGACGGAAAAAGAGAUGAUGUACUUGAAACAAUACGAAGGCAAAAACAUGAAGUGCUGAAUAAUAAAGACAAUGCCACAAUGAACAGAACAUUAAUCGAAAUCCAAACGUGGUUAAUCGAACAUUACCGGGAAAGGUGUGUUGUGCCGGUGUCGAUGCUGGAUCCUGACAUAGAUGUACCUUUAGAACGGAUCUAUGUUCCCCCGUCGAUCCAUGAACUUAAGAGAGGCCGGAAAGACAGACAUGGCGGGGGUGAGAUGGACACGACUUCACGGGCGGGACCAGAUGUGAGUUGCUACAGAGAGCUGCUGCAUCGUGAUGGGAAUCCGGUGAAUACCAUUUAUAUCCAAGGCGAUCCAGGUUGCGGAAAAACGACGUUUUCAACAAAGCUAGUUCUAGAUUGGUGUGAAGCCCAUUCUAAAAAUGGUGCAAGCACUUUGGAAACGUUCACGGGAACAGCCACUUCCACAGGUAAAACGUCAAACCCAACAUAUUUCAGCGAUCUUGACACUUUGCGAGAGUACAAAUUUCUGUUUUUUGUGUCAUUACGUGAUUACAGCGGAUCAAAGUGUAACGUCAGUCAGAUGGUGAAGGAUGCCAUAAAAAGCAACCAACUAGUUUGGGAUAACUCUGUCUGGGAACAUAAAUGUAUUGUUCUGACAGACGCUGCAGACGAAUGGUACCACCCCGAAAUAGCCUCUCCUCCGCCGAGGGACUAUGCUUGUAAAUGCGGUAAAGACCUAAGUAUGCCGCAGUAUUUACAGCGAAAAAACAUAACCAACUUUAUCACUGCACGCCCAUGGAAACUUGCCAACUUAAUCAUGAGCGAUACUUUAACGCGUUUGUUCGAAAUUUCCGGCGUUACAAACUACAAAACCUUGGCGGAAAAUGUCAUUACUGUUUUAGCUGAGAAGGACGGUAUUUCUAGAAAUGAUCAACAAUGCAAAUGCAUUGAUUUCAUUGAAAUAAUAAAGGCUCAAAGCUUGGGCAAUCUCAUCACAGUACCAGCUGUUUGUGUGCAGUUAGUUCAUCAGUUUUACGUUGGACGUUUAGUGGAAGGUUCACUGUGUUCUGUAUACAUGAAUAUGCUUGAUAUGCACAUAGCCAAGGGGUUGCAAAAACUUCAAAUUGAAAAUUUUGACACUGAAGAAAUGUGUGUUAAUGAAAUAAAACAAAUCAUUGGAACUGAAUCAACGGAGUUUCUGCGAGAUAAUAGGUCGCUGGUUUACUCUGCGAGUGCGCUUGCGUUUAAAACACUAACAGACACUAGUAAAGAAUCGUCGCUAGUCUUUGCGGAAAACACUAUCACUAAUCACAUGACAAAAACUAAACUUGAUUACUUACUUCAGACAGGAAUUAUCACAAAGAAAAAAUCGUUGGCGCUUAGCUCGCGAAAGAAUGUUCCAUACAUGUUCUUACACAAAACAAUUCAGGAGUUUCUAGCUUCGUUGUAUAUUGCAAUGAAUCAGUCGGACAUUGAAAACAUCCUGAGCACCAUACAAUCGGUGUAUUGUGAUUAUAAGUCUAUUCUGGACAUUGGUCAGUUAUUUAUUUUCACGUGUGGAAUGUGUGCCCCAGCAGCGGAAAGAAUAUCAAAGCACAUCACGGAUGUCAUAACAUGCGACUUGGAAAGCAAGCUGACUUCUAUUUCAGACCUGGACAUAUUCUUAUUUCUUUACCCAGAGAGAGCAGCACAAAACAUUAUAGUGGAUGGCUUUAUUGAAGGGCUGGCAAAUAAGCAGUCGUGCUUACAACUGACGAUCAGUCAUAUAGACUUUAGGUUCAUCAGUUUAAUUCGGAAGAAAUACCUAUAUGCUUUAAAUACACAGGUUGACCAGGGCGUGAUUUCAAACCACGUUCAGGCGCAGGGGUGCCCGGCUACAGGCUCCACAGAAGUUCUGCUCGCAGUCAAGGCAGCGCUGGUUGGCGUCCUUUUUCUCUUCGCACAUCUGGGGGUGGAAAACCUGGAUGUAUGUGAAACACUUGUCAAUGGGAAACACAGACGUAUGGGUAACACUAUGGUAUGGGUUAUGGGGGAAUACGGGCGUAUGGGUAUUGUGGAGAGGGAAACACUGGCGUAUGGGACGCACUGA